CUUCAAUUCAAUGAAACUGUUUGUACAAAAUAUGGUUUUCAAGAAGCUAAUAGAAUAGGCGUUGGAAAAUCAUGUUCAGCAUGGGAUAAAGCACUUUAUUAUUUUUCCAAAGUUUCAACUCAUUAUUUAUUUGUUUGGUUUAUUGAGGACGAUGUUUUUAUCCCCUCUGUUCAAGCAUUUCUAUCGCUACAUGAAGUUUAUUCUCCAUCUAACGAUAUGGUUACUGCUGCUCUUUCGUACAAUAGAGAUGGAAAUAUAAAUAUUUGGCAUUGGCGAAAAUUAUCUACAGCAUUUGCUCCUCCAUGGGCUAACGGUAUGGUAUGUGCUAUAGGCUGCAGUCGUCGAUUACUAUCAGCUAUUGAUGAAUAUGCACGAUGGCGAGGUCAAUUAACAUUUAUUGAAAAUCUAUUUCAUACAUUAGCUAUUCAAGAUGGUAAUAUGAAAUUUGUCACACCAUUUGAACUAAAUACAAUAGUCUAUCGAGAUACAUAUACAUUAGAACAGAUACAAAGGCGGCCAAAUAAUUGGUGGCAUCCAGUCAAAAACUUUUCUCUACACAGAGAAUGGCGAAACAAAGUAAUUCAAAAUUCUUCUGUCAAUAUAAAUAAUAGUAUUAGAAAAUUCUAUUCGACAUUACAACAGUUACAAACUAUUGAUGCUAAAAAUUCCAGUAUUGAUUUUAUGCAACAUAUAGCCAAUCUUGGUGUUGAAAUUGAAAUCGUCAAAGGUCAUAUCAAAUCAUUCGAUCGAUAUCAACUUCGAAAGCAAUUUCUUCAACUAGCUCAAAAUCUAUCAAAGAAUCUAGCGGAUUUAUUUACAGUACUAGCUGAUCAUGCAUUUAAAUUACCAGAACCUCAAAUCAACAUAAACAUCACAGAAAAUAAAACAGUAGCAUAUAUGAUGCUAGAAAAAGCAAUCGAAAUCAAUAAACAAAUGAUUCUUGAAUUAACAACAAACAGAAGUUUAAGUGCAGAUGAAAUGGUAGAAAUUACUGAGUUACGUGUUGAUGCAAUCCGAUUAAUAGUUAAACUUUCUCGCCAGAUCCGUUGUGAACUACAAGUUAUAUCAUACGGUUCGAUGAUAGAGUCACCAAGUUCACAACAAUUUACUAGUCAAUUGAACGAUAUUGAGAAACAGAAUGAGAAAAUUAGACAAAAACUUAAUCAAUCAAAUACUGAAAAGAAUUUAUCGAAUCAAAUCAAUCAAUGGGAAAGAGAAUCUAUAGGAAAGAUUCAAACAGCUGCUAAAAAAGCUCGAACUGAAGUACAACAAUUAAAUAAAGAAACAAAUAUUCGAAUAAAUAAUAUAUUAAAUAAGAUUACAAAUGAACUCCGCUCGAAACGAAAAGCUAAUAAUUGUACAGAACGUGAUAUUGAGAAUUUAAAUAAUCUUCUACAAACUUGUACGGAUCAAUGGAAACAAUUGAAUGAACUUAAUAUAGCCAAAAAUGAUUUAUCAUCACAUGAUUUGAUCAAAAUGGAUAAGACGACACAUGCGAGUGAAAAAGAAACGGUUCCUUCUUUACCAAUUGAACCUGGAUUUUUUACAGAUAGAACAAAUGAAAGCAUCGAAACCUUUACAGCACGAUCAAAAACUGCUGUUGUCUCUGAGGAUAAGAAACAAUCUAGUCGCACACCUAUAAUAUCAGAACUUCAAUCAUAUCCAUAUCCUAGUAUCCAUUUUAAUGUUGAUUUUUCAAGUGAGAAAAAUAUUGGAGAACUAUUCGAACGUCUUCGGCAUCUUCCUGAAAUGGAUAAAACUGGACCGAUGAGUGGUAAUUGCGAUGCCGAAACUACUCAAAUGGAAAAAUUUCUUUCGCAAACAUUUGGCUUUAGAAAUAUUCCUAAUGAAUACAUCGUUCAUGACGUUAAAUCCUUUCGAUUAACCAAGCCUCCAUAUGGUAUGCAUCCGAACAUAGUAAUUAAAUUUCCAGACGAUGUUAGAAAUGCAUUCCCAAUGACUAUACAAGAAAUUCUCGAUUGGCAAAGAUCCUAUAAAGUCUAUGCAGAUAAAACAGUUCCAGGUAUGACUCUACAAUUUCUUCAUGGUGCCCUACAAGGAAUGAGUAAGUCUGGUGAUGAAGCGUUUCGUAUGAAAUUUGUUGUUCGUGUUUCACAAUGUCCUAUCCUGAUGGAUUGUAAUGCUCGUAUUAUACCACGUGAACUUCGACAUCAAUGGCCUUCUCGAAUUAAACUUGUCUCAGUUGCAGGAAUUGAUUUUGCUGGUCGUAUACAUGAUGUUAAUGAUAUUACUACCUAUGUUACUAAUUGGAAAAAUAUUUAUGAAACCGAUCCAAAAUUAGGCAACCCUAUCGUCGUCACUAAUGGAAGAGAUUUACAGAAAAAACGUAGGGCUGCUCGAGGUGAACUUGAUGAAGAUCGUCUUCUUAACGAUUUGAUACAAAUGGCAAGACUUCGACUAUAUGCAUGUGACAAAGAAAAAGUACAAAUUGUAGUUGAAACUGGUAUUGGACUUGGUGUAUUUGCUGGAAAAAGUAUUGGAAUCGAUGGAAUAGUACGAGCACUUUCUGCAAAGGCUAUUCGUAAAGUACUGGAGCAAGAAGGACCAAAUUAUGAACAUAUUCGUGGAGUUGUAUUUGCUCUACCUAUAUUCGAUAAGGACAUAAAAAAUGAUCAAAGAAACGAUGUUUAUCAAGCAUUUGUUGAUGAAUUUGAUAAAAAGAAAUAUAAUGGUUGUAUUCCUGUAAUGAUUGCUGAUCAAGAUAUGCAUCGAUUAGCUAUUGCUAUUGCAUAUGAAGGCUUUACUGUUUCUGAACUGAAUCCAGCUGAUUCACAUGGUGUAUUUGGUGAAUAUUGGCAAAAUCGUGGACCAGCUGUAGAAGAAAAACUAGCUUUAACUACAUUAGGUCUACUUGUUCAACAUCAUCUCAUUAAUCCAUGUGUCCUAGAUCCAAAACACUAUCGUUUCGUACAACCGAAGACAUAA